AUGUCCAAGGUGACGCAACUCGAGGAUGCGGAGGAAGAGCUCAUGUGGAGGCUCACUGACAUGACUCUGGACGACUCAGAACCUCGAUUCGUCGGAGGCUUCAACCCAGUCAUCCCUACCAACGGCUUGACCUCGUCGGCGGCGCGACCAGGUGCACGCAACCAAACCACGCCUCUCAAUUUCCCUACUCCCGUCCAUUAUGCGUCGCCCGGGCCAUUGCCGACCCCACCUCGUCCGAUGUAUGAAUCCAUCUCACAAGGCGGGAGUUCACAACGGCUGUCUAGGACCAUGCAACACGCGCUAUCGCCGCCAGACCAUAGGCGAAUGCCACCAAAGGCCCAACAGACACCUAUUCCUAGCCCUCCCUCUAAGCCUAUCUUCAAGCAAACACUUCCUGCUACGCCGCCUCCGGCUCCGUCCACACCUGUGCGUAGUCGUCCCCUACCUGCCCAUCUUCCUGCCUCCGCACCACCUAAGACAUCCACUUCGCGUGCUACGCCAGAGUCAACAGCACGGUCUAGCCGCGCACGCUCGGCUUCUUCUCCACCCUCUCCUACGCUUUCGGCUCCUGGGUCACCUCAAAGACGUUCUCAAUGCAACGGCUUCACACGAGCUGGCAAGCGCUGCAAGAACGUCGUUGCGGAAUGCUCACCUCUUGAGAGUCUAAAUCCGGGAGAUCAUAUGGGACUAGAACGAUAUUGUCACAUUCAUAAGAAGGAAGUGCUCAAGGACCCCAAGUUUAUCCUUCCCAGUGGCAGAGGGGUUCACCGCGACGACUGGAUACCAAAUUACUUGCACCCCCAGACGCAAGCCAAUAUACUCAGGGAAAUGCAGAAGCCACUUUCUGUGGCUGAUGAGCCGGGAUAUAUCUACGCAUUAGAAUACCGAGUCCCUGGCGACAGAGAUCGCGUCCACUACAAAGUAGGACGCAGCUACAGCUUGAAUCAGCGUACGAACCAAUGGGACAGGCAAUGUGGCUCGAAGCAGCAGUACUUACGCGGCUGGUGGCCAGGGUCUAUUCAGGACGGCGAGAAGACCAUCAUGAAAGGAUGUGUCGACCCUGGCGAACCCGGACCAUAUUGUCACCGUCUAGAACGGCUUAUACAUUUGGAGCUUGCAGACCUAGUGUCUAACGAACAGUAUCUGCAAUCGCAGUUUCCCGACGUGAUGCCAGCGCUACAGGCUAUGAAACCACGGGCGAAGGAGCAGUGUCCGGAUUGUGGCAGAGUGCACAGAGAGAUUUUUUCGUUUGCCAAGGCCGAGUGUGGCCCCUUUCAAGACAAGGAAUGGGAGAAGGUUGUUAUGCCUGUCAUCGAAAAAUGGGGUCGAUUUGUACAAGAGUAUUAUCUUGCACAGCCGGAUGAAGUGGUCCACUAG